UGAGAAAGUAUAGCCUCAAUAUUUCGUUACCUUAGACUUGCCUUAGACAUUCGGCAAAGAAUCAUCUCUUCAACUUCUUUUUAUUUUGUUGUUUUAUUUUUACUACAAGUCUUUGAGAGAGAAAAUCGGACGUGUGGGUAGGAAAACCGAUAAAUCGCGACUUCACCGACUAUGCGCGCUCUCUUAUUUCCAUGUUAAAUAUAGCAACGCGGUAUGAAAAUCUUCUCAGUCUACAUUCAUCAUUGGAAUUAAACACUUCGCAAGCAAUACAUUAAAAUACUCACUUUGUGGAUAUUACACACAUAAAAGAAGAGAAAAAUUAUUUACAAAAAAGAAUUGAACGAAAAAAUAAAUAAAGUUUAGAUAUUUUUAGUGAUCUUUUACAUACAAGAACGUUUACUUUUGUGCAAUCUUCAACAAGAAUAUUUAAAAAUUAUAAAAAAGAAAAUAUUACACAAUGGCUGAUAGUGCAAACAAGAGAAAUAUUCCCAUUCAAUUCAAUCGUGACUUUAGUGUAAUCGACACGGAAUUCUCGUCGAUUCGUGAACGUUUCGACAAUGAAAUGCGUCGCAUGGAAGAUGAAAUGAACAAAUUUCGAAGUGAAUUAAUGAACCGAGAGUCAAACUUCUUUGAAACAACUUCGAGUUCCACGGCCGCAAACAACAGCCUUUCACGUACACCACAGCAAUCAUCAUCUGUCGCCGACAUAAACUCGCCAUUGAUUCAAGAAGAUGGCGACAACAAAGUCCUUAAGUUAAGAUUCGAUGUCAGUCAAUAUACACCUGAAGAGAUUGUUGUAAAAACUGUUGAUAAUAAAUUAAUGGUUCAUGCUAAACACGAAGAGAAGACAGACACAAAAAGCGUUUACCGAGAAUACAAUCGUGAAUUCUUGUUGCCCAAGAAUGUCAAUCCUGAAUCGAUUCGUUCAUCACUUAGUAAAGACGGCGUCUUAACAGUCGAUGCACCACUUCCAGCAAUUGCCGGGCCAGGAGAGAAAAUGAUUCCAAUUGCGCACAACUAAACAUCGCUUCAAUUUCGAUUUUGCUACAGAAUGCUUAGAAAUCUGAUUUUCAAUAUUUUUAUUACAACAUUACAUAUACACACACACUUUCUAAUCCUUACAGAAUAAAUGUAUAAUUGACAAGACCUUUUAACUCUAAAUUAUCUUCCCUGAGCCUAUCUAAAUGCGAAAUUGUUAUCAUCACUUAAAAUGAAGUAAAAUAAAAGAAGAAAAAAAUGUUUUGUGGUUUGUUAAGAAUAAUUAACAAAAUUGAUUUUGAUUUUUCUUUUAAAAAUUCUCAGAUUUAAAGAUAUCCCCACUUCAGAUUAAUUCUUUCUCAUGUCCCAAACUUU